AUGGCAGAUCACCAGUAUCAAACGAGAAGCAAGGGGAGCACAUUAGGAGAUCAGAAUUUGGACUAUUUCUCGGAUGAUUCAGUAGCCACUAACAAUUCGGACUAUGACGAUGGGUUUAUAGACGGUGAAGAAGAUGAAUAUGGCAUUAGUGCGAGUGGAAAACAACGUGCGCCCCGAAAACAGCCGAAAAAAGCUGCCAGGGGUUCAAAAGCUGGGAAAGUUUCCACGACAAAUGAAACGCUUAAUAAACUUGCGGCAAAAGACCAAACUUUCUUGCACGACUUCCAGAGGGAUGCUCCAGCAGAUUUUGUACCAGACGUGGUGUCAGGGCUUUUCAGGACAUCAGAUUUCAGCUAUUUGAAGCUGAAGCCUGAUCAUGCCUCCAGGCCGCUAUGGAUUUCCCCUGCCGAUGGUAGGGUUAUUUUAGAGAGUUUUUCCCCACUUGCGGAGCAGGCUCAGGAUUUUUUGGUGACGAUUGCCGAGCCGAUCAGUAGACCGUCCCACAUCCACGAGUACAAGAUCACUGCUUACUCGCUGUACGCAGCCGUUUCUGUGGGGCUGGAAACCGAUGACAUUAUUGCUGUACUUGAUAGACUCUCGAAAGUACCUGUGGCUACAUCUAUCACGGACUUUAUCAAGAGUGCGACCGUGUCUUAUGGUAAGGUUAAAUUAGUUAUCAAACACAACAGAUAUUUUGUCGAAACGUCGCAAGCUGAAAUUCUGCAGAUGUUACUCAAGGAUCCUGUUAUAGGUGCGCUCAGGAUCGAUUCAGACCAUUCAUCGGCCUCUGUACAACCUCCAAAAGCAGAAGACGCCAGUAUCAAGGCACAAGAUUCUAAAGUUGAUCAAAAUGAUGUUGAGGCUGUCUUCUCUUCCGUGGUUGGCGAAAUUCAGUUGGACGAUGACAAUGAAGAUAUUGACGCGGUUCAUGCAUUUGAAAUCGCCAACGAAUCAGUAGAAAUUGUGAAGAAGAGGUGUCAGGAGAUUGACUAUCCAGUGCUAGAAGAGUACGAUUUUAGAAACGAUCACAGAAAUCCUGAUCUGGAUAUCGAUCUCAAGCCAUCCACUCAAAUCAGACCAUACCAAGAAAAGUCAUUGAGUAAAAUGUUUGGUAAUGGACGUGCCCGAAGUGGUAUCAUUGUCUUGCCGUGUGGGGCAGGGAAAACAUUGGUCGGUAUCACAGCUGCCUGCACUAUUAAAAAGUCAGUGAUUGUUUUGUGCACAUCUUCCGUCUCGGUAAUGCAGUGGAGACAGCAGUUUCUUCAGUGGUGUACUUUGCAACCAGAGAAUGUCGCCGUAUUCACAUCUGACAACAAGGAGAUGUUUCAAACCGAAUCUGGUCUCGUCGUUUCGACUUACUCCAUGGUGGCAAAUACCAGAAAUAGGUCGCACGAUUCUCAGAAGGUCAUGGACUUUUUGACGGGAAGAGAAUGGGGCUUUAUUAUUUUGGAUGAGGUGCAUGUUGUGCCUGCCGCCAUGUUCAGAAGGGUUGUUACGACAAUUGCAGCUCACGCCAAAUUGGGAUUAACCGCGACAUUAGUACGUGAGGAUGACAAAAUCAGUGAUUUAAACUUUUUGAUAGGUCCAAAGUUGUACGAGGCUAAUUGGAUGGAAUUGUCUCAGAAAGGUCACAUUGCGAACGUUCAAUGCGCCGAGGUUUGGUGCCCAAUGACAGCUGAGUUUUAUCAGGAAUAUCUGAGAGAAAGUGCUAGGAAAAGAAUGCUGCUUUACAUCAUGAACCCCACAAAAUUUCAGGCCUGCCAGUUUUUAAUUCAAUAUCAUGAGAAGAGAGGAGACAAGAUAAUUGUCUUCUCCGAUAAUGUUUAUGCAUUACAAGAGUAUGCCUUGAAGUUAGGCAAGCCAUUCAUCUACGGCUCAACCCCACAGCAGGAGCGUAUGAACAUUUUGCAAAAUUUUCAGUUUAAUGACCAGAUCAACACGAUCUUUUUAUCAAAGGUUGGCGACACUUCUAUUGACUUACCAGAAGCAACAUGCCUGAUCCAGAUAUCCUCACAUUACGGCUCUCGUCGUCAAGAGGCACAAAGGUUGGGAAGGAUCUUGAGAGCCAAGAGACGUAAUGACGAGGGUUUCAAUGCUUUUUUUUAUUCCCUGGUGUCCAAAGAUACACAAGAGAUGUACUACUCUACUAAACGCCAAGCUUUCUUGGUUGACCAAGGCUAUGCUUUCAAGGUUAUAACUCAUUUACAUGGGAUGGAAACACUUCCUAACUUAGCAUAUUCCACCGCUCGUGAACGGAGGGAACUUUUGCAAGAGGUACUCCUGAAAAAUGAGGAAGCUGCGGGCAUAGAAAUUGGUGAUGAUGCCGAAAAUAGCAUAGGACGAGGCUCCCAGGCCAACAAAAAGGCCAAGUCAAAGGCGGUGAGAGGUGAGGGGUCGCUUUCAGGCUUGGCUGGUGGUGAAGAUAUGGCAUAUCUUGAGUACUCCUCUAACAGGAACAAAGACCUUAGAGAUCAUCAUCCAUUGAUUAGGAAAAUGUAUUAUAGAAAUUUGAAGAAAUAG